AUGCCCGCCCUCUCGAAGAAACGCCGCGCCGCACUCACAGGCGUCCAAACCAAGCAAAAUGCUGUAGCGACACGUGCUGAGAGCAAAGACACUUCCUACCUGCCACCCUCGACCGAUGAGGAAGACGACAGCGAACAGACCAAGCCAUCGAAGAAGCGUCGAUUUCUGACGGAUGGGCAGCUCGAGGCUCGCAAGCGACGACGCGAAAAUGGAGACUUGGUACAGCCUGGCGCGUCAGCAAUUAAGGGAGAGUCCCGAAGCGCGGUGUGGCAAGAGAAGAAAGGGCUCACGAAGAAGUCGAGGGCUAAGAACGGGCAGGCAUCGGUAGCCACCAUUUUCAAGAUUCAGGCAACUAAUCCGAAAUCUACUAACAAGGGCAACACUGGCAUACCCGACCAUCUCUCGAUAAAACUGGUUGCUCAACCUCAGAUGAAAGAGAUCACGGUGGAAGAGGCUCAGAUGGAAGAGGUCCAGGUUGAAGAGGUCCGGGUAGAAGACGUUCACGAGAUAAUGGACGUGGAUGCUGUUGAGAUUCAGACUGAGCUGGAGAGCGGACGUGGGCCGGAAAGCACAGAGGUUGAGGAGAUGGGCCAGAGUGUUGAUGAUGACGAUGAUGGUUACUCGACGACGCAAAGCGACAACGAGCGAGAGAAGACCAUGGCCACUCAGGCUAGCAUUGAACACGAGCACCAACGCCUUGCCAAAGCCCUAAAGGUGUACGAGAAGAAGUUUUGCACCGCCAAACAGAUAGCAGCCAGCGGUUCCAAUGCCAAAAUGGCUGACCGCCUGGUCAUGGUCAGCGGUUUGAAGGCCUUCAACGAUGAGCGUCGCAAGCGUUCUCUUCAACGCCUUGCUGAUGUCGACCGUCUUCGUCUUGUCCCAGGACCACAGCGACCAAAGCUACGACAAAAGAUUGCCAAGCAAAAGCCCGCUCUCGCAGCAAGCAAGUGCAUCGCGGCACGUUUCUCCAAAUCCAACUACUUCGCCACCAAGCUUCGCUCAGCAGCAAUCAUGCUGGAAAAGACUGGCGAGUUACCGGAUAACAAGCAUGGGCAGGGCGGGGCACACAAAUCCCACAUCGACAAUCCAGAGGUCAAGUCGCGUCUACGCGUGUUUUUGAAGGGGGAUAUACCAGUGGAAGAGGGUGGAUUUGUUGGUCGUAUUCGUCCCGAGAAGAUGCGCCGUUAUGUGAAUCAGUUUUUAUUCAACGAGCUGGGGAUCGAAGACACGAUUGGGAUCACGACCGCAACUCUGUGGCUUAAGAAACUGGGCUAUCGAAUGCGUCGCUAUGCAAAGGGUAUCUAUUACGAUGGCCAUGAGCGUCCCGAUGUCGUCAAAAAGCGCAAGGAGUUCAUCGACUUCAUGCAAGAGCAUGUGACCCCCUACACAUAUCAAUAUGAGACUGUGGUCGACGAGGAAACAGGGAAAAAAUACCUGAAAGAGAUUGCGCCAACAAUUCCCGAAGGCCACAAGAUUCGAUAUCCAAUCUAUCAGGACGAAACAUCCACUCACGCAAACGACCAGGCGCACUUCGUUUGGGAGACCGAGGACGAACACGAAAUUCGCAGCAAAAGUAGGGGACGUAUUGUACAUGUGUCUGGCUUUGUUAUCGAGCACUGUGGCUGGCUUCGGCUGACACCGGAAGAGAUUGCGGAGGAGGAAAAGUUACCAAAACGACCUCUUAGUCCUGCUGAAAUAGCGGCAGCAGAAGCUCGUGCGGCGGUGGUUGCAGCAGCAGCGGCAGCUGAGGCCGAGAAGCAGCGUCUGCUGGAGGAACAACGUGCUGCUAGUGGCAAGGGCAAGGGUCGGAAGAAGGGAACUGGCGGGGGAGUGAGCAAGAAGACGAAGAAGACAGCGACUAAAGAAACACCAGCAACUGACCGAACAACUGUUGGUGUCGAUUGGACACCCCCACCUCCACCCGCACCAUUCAAAAGGUAUCGAUGCGACACUUACGAGGCAAACCGCAUCAUUCAUCCUGGUGCAAACCAUGAUCCCUGGUGGGACAUGCCCCAACUUAUCGCUCAGGCAAGUCUUCUUGAGUCCUCUCAACACUAUCCUUACCGUUUCUAG